AUUCUCUGGAAGUACAAUCCUUAUCCUCAAGUUUUUUAUUUUUAUAUAUUUUUUCUUCUGUGUAUAUCUAUUGUCUUUAUUGAAAAAGAAAGAAGAAAGAAUUUUGUCAAAAAUAAAAAUGACAUCUUCAUUAGAGGAAACAAAAGGAGGAGGAGGAGGAGCCAUCCCAUUUGAUGGGCCAACAGAAAAUGACCCAUUCAGUCAAUUACAACAGCAGACACAACAAACACAGCAACAGACAGAGCAGCAAAAACAAGAAGAGAAAAGGGCAAAGGAAAUAGCCGAUGCAUCUGUUCUGUUUGGAGAAAACGAUGGAGGAGCUACUGACUUCUUUUUACAACAGCAAUCCAAUACAAACGCGUCACCAAGCCUUUUUGACCAGACAUCCCAGUCAUUCUUUGACCACUUGGGACGGGCUUCCUCUGUAAAAAGUCAAGAGUAUGUUUCACAACAGCCCACUUCACUUGUUCAGGCUUAUGACCCCAGCACAGCCUAUACGCAAUACAGCUACGAGCCACAACAGCAAUCGACAACAGAUUAUUAUUCUCAAUACGAUCAAGGGCAACAACAACAACAGCAACAACAACAACAGCAACAGCAACAGCAACAGCAACAUCAACAGUAUGAUCCUCAGCAGUAUAGCCAAGCAGGACAAGAGCAGCAGUUUGAUCCUAAUGUUCAUUACUACUAUGACGAACAAAAUCAAAUCCACUAUUAUGAUCCUAAUACAAACUUGGAAUAUGAUAUGAGCCAAUAUGGCUAUAAUUAUCAAUAUGAUCCUCAAUAUUCUGAGUACUAUCAAGCAAAUUAUGAUCCAAAUGCUUAUGCUACCACCGCUGGAGUUACUUCAGAAAACAAUGCCCAGGCAGCGUACGAUCCUAAUGCCUAUAGUUCCACAGCAGAGAAUAGUGCUCAAGCGACCUAUGAUCCAAAUGCUUAUACUACUACGGAGGAAAGCAAUGCCCAAGCAAUGUACGAUCUUAAUGCCUAUAACGUCACAGAAGAAAACAAUGCUCAAGCGGCCUAUGAUCCAAAUGCUUAUACUACUACGGAGGAAAGCAAUGCCCAAGCGGCCUAUGAUCCUAAUUCUUAUGCUAUGACUGAUAAAGAUAGUGCCCAGGUCCCACAUUAUGAUCCUACUGCCACGCUGGAAGCUACUCAUCAUGCUGCUUUCGACUCUUUUGAUUCUACUGCCUAUGCUCCUAACAGUCAGCAGCAGCAACGUGUUCCUGUUCAAGAAAGCUAUGACCCGAGUACUUAUACCACUGGAUCCGAAGCUGUACCUGUACAUGAUACACAGAAUAGUCAGCAAUAUAACUAUGCUGUAGAAGGCUCUGAGGCAAAUACUGAGGCAAUCGUCUCUGGUGACGAGAAGCAAAAUGCUCAAGAGUAUUUUACUGACAACCAAGACGCCUAUCACCCUGAUAUGUAUUCAGCAGCUGCUUAUGAACAACAAAGUGAUGUCACUUUUGAUUUCUUGCAGCAAGACAAUACACCCUCGCAGAACGCAGCGCAACAUGUCCCUUCAUCAAACCAACAGGAGCGACAACAGCAAGGUACGGCAAGUGCUCAGGUUGAAGGCAAUAUCCCUACGGAAGUAGAAUAUUUUAAAUAUCAAGAUCAACCUUACUCAUCAAACGAUGGUAUUGUAAAAUCCCAUGCCGAUGCUUCAAAUUCGAUUCAGCAAGAGCUUGGAACAGACACAUCUACUACGCAAGUCGAGUUAAACCCUAGCCCGGAUAAUACCAAGGACACCGACUCUCAAUUUGCUGAAGUGCAACUGGCACCAGUGAACGAUACAGAAGCAGUCAUUGCAACCACGACUGAAACCUCUCAGCCUGACCUGUUUGCUUACACUCCAAUCGAAGACAAAGCUCAGCUGACAGAGUAUACACCUCAAAGUAUGGAUCAAUCCAAUGUGUAUGAGCCUGUGACAAAGAAUAAUGAAGGGGGUGAUCAACAAUUUGAAGAAGUUCAAUUGGUGGCGAAUCUCUAUACACCUACGGAAACCAGAACUGUCCCACCUCAAUCUUUACCAAGCCAACCUGUGCCUCCACAGUCAUACACUGAUUCUCAAGCACCGCCCAUCACUUCUUUUGAGCGUGCAAUUUCACCUGUAUCCACAAGCUAUAUUCCAUACAGACCCUCAAUGGAUUAUGCCUCACCUAGAAGCUCUCUGGAUCAUCGAAGCUCUUUAUCUGAGGCUCGUGUUGCCUCACCAGCGAUUCCACUUGUCCCAUGCCCUGAUCCUCAAUGUGAGGGAGAGAACAAGCCCAAGGCUAAAUUCUGUUGCGAAUGUGGUCGUCCCUUGGCCGGCCUGUCAAGGUCCAAUACUCCAUUUUCUCGAUCUACUACACCCUUUGCUACCUUUCCCCAAAAUACUGUGGAUAACAGUCCUCAGCAACCUGUGGCAGUUCCACGAAACCCAUUGGAUGACAAAAAAGAUGAGAUGGCCAAAAGCUUGAAACAGUUUUAUGAACAAGCUGCUUUGCUUGACACAGCUUUAUCGAACGAAGAAAAGAAGAAUCGUGUGUUGAGUUAUAUGGAUAGUAGAAUCAAUGAAUUUCCUAAAGAGGAUAGUAAGCAUUUACUGUGGGAAGUUAUAAAAUUGCUCGUAGAAGAAAAUGGAGUUUUAGGAGAAAGGUAAAGACAGAAAGAAAAAGCCUUGAUAUAUAGAGAACUAAUAUUUCUUUCCCUUUCAGUGAGCAAUUGGAUAAAUCUAUCCUAUCUUUGUUUGGUU